CUGUGGAAUAAAUAAAUAUGAAUCUAUGAUUCCAUUUCAAAUCCAAGCACCAGUAGUACCUCCAAAUCCAGCAGUUACAUAUAUUAAUUUAUAAUUUGCUUUGGUAUCCUGACGUUGUUAUUUGAAAUUUUUUCGAUUAAAAUAUGUCAGAAAUUAAUAAUGAGACCUUAAAUGAAAGUUUCCUUUAUUCUGCCAGCAGAUUGCUAAAUACCGAACAUUCUAAAGAUAAUUUCAUCCAAUUAAAUCGUUUAAUUUCUGAUCCAACAAGUUCUAUUUCAAAAGAUGCGAAGGAAUUUGAUUUGUCAAUUACUGGUCAUAUUUCUGAGAUUGAACAAAAGAAUGAGGAAUUGAAUCUUUAUCAGAACCAAAUUCAAGAGUUGAAAAAUCAUUUGCUCAUCUUAGAUACAAAAUAUGAAAAGAUGCUUGAGGAAAAAGAAAUUCUGAAGGUCAAAAUGAAAGAAUAUGUGACAGAUAGAUCUUUUUAUUAAACGCCCUUAACGCUAAUUGGUAAAUAUAAAUCAAGCUAUAUUGUUGCUAUACCUUCGAUGCCUCCAUGAUGCCCAAUGAAAACUGUUUUAUUAACGUGACUUCAUUAAUGGAAUUAUAUCCCGAGAUAUGAAUUUAUAUCGGUUACCGUACUUUCCAAGAGCUCCCUUCCCACUAUAUGUACCAGUAUAAUAUAUUAGUAUUAGAACUCCUGUUUGUCAAAAAAAUUUCAUCCUUGAAACUUCGAGCAACUUUCGUGCUGUAACCCUGAAAGUUGUACUCGACUCGGGGCUUUUCAACACUACCAUAAGUGUAGUGAACCGGAUAAAUUGAGGGAUUUUUUUUUCUUCUGGGCUUUCUAGCCGUAAUCUGAUCAGGUUUUUUACCUGACAAUGGAUUUCAUAUAAUUCGGAUUUUCAGAAUAGUCCAAUUAUUUCAUCCAUUGAGGAGAGGUCACAUUAUCACAGAUUUCAACAUUGCGGUAGAAUACCAUUUGGCAUAAUAGAACAUUCGUCAAUUACAUGUGAAACAUUUAGUAAAAUAGUGGUGAAAUAACCAUUACGAAUGCAGCUCCAAUAUAUCACCUAAACAGGUCUAAAGACUCCUACCGUAAUUGUAGGUGGAAGGUUAUUUAAGAAACCUCAAAACCUCGGCUAGGAAGCCCGAAAUUUUAUAAUUCUAUUCUAUAUUUUUUUGAUUCAAUAAAUAUCUUGUAUUUCCUUUAGCGACAGUGAUCUAAUCACUAUCUUGCAGUUUAAUAUUUAGGUUCAAGAAGUAUC